GAUGUGACAUCGCCUUGCGUUGAUGACGCGCUCCAUCGGGAGACAUUUGGACAGCCUAUGUAACCCACAUACCGAGCAACAAAUGGUGCGUCUGCGCUCCAGACCCUGAUGCUGGAGUUUGGGAGAUGUUUCCGCCGACGGAGUGGCGUUCAUGAUCCACCGCAGAGCCUGCUGCAGGGGGCACAACCCGCGCUAUCAUCUGUUGAUCGGAUUGGAGACAAUUAAGCGCAUUAUCAUGAGCCGCCGCGGUCCGAUUUACAGGUAGUUUUGCUAAAAUGUCUUGCAGGUGAAAUUCAAGGAGAGUGAAAUGAUUCCAAAGUCAGGAAAAUCUCCAGCAGACUCGAGGAAAAGUGUCGGCAUCCAUGAGUUUGCAGCACUUGCCAGAUCCUCCUUAAAUGGUAUCUCUCAGGCAAUGAGGGACCAUGUGACGAAGCCCACCUCCCUGGCUCAGGGCCGGGUCGCCCACCUCAUUGAGUGGAAAGGUUGGCCCAAACCUGCCGACCCCCCAACAGCCGCCCACUUCAGCUCCUACUGCCAUCUGACUGAAGGAGAGAAGGAGGCCCGGUUUGCUGCAGGAGUGGCUGAGCAGUUCGCCAUCGCUGAGGCUAAGCUGCGUGCCUGGGCGUCUAUAGAUGACGACGACGAGGAAGACUCCAACGAUGAGGACUCCCAGACCAACGGACAGACUCAGACCUUAUCCAGUCAGAGCUCAGACGCCGCCACGUCCAAUCCUAUCAACGGAGCGCCCUGCCAACCUGAUGUUGAAGGCGUCAAGGCCCCGCCCUCCAACAGCCCUCUGUGCUCCAGCAGCAUCGGCAGCCUGCUCUGUGGUAGGCCUGCGUUUCACAGUGACCCACAUUCAUCGCAGACCAAUUCACCUAUUUUACCCAACGACUGCACGAGUCCCUUCCUGGAGGAGGAGAGGCUGGAUGGCCAGAAGGAGCAGCCGGCUCUUUUGCAGGAGCAUCAGCACAGUGAGGUGUGCAUCUAUCACAAGCCAGAGUGGAGGCCUCGGGCCAGGAGCAGCAGGUUCGACUCCUGCUACUCCACCUCCCGCUCCGAGUCGCCCGGAGAGGAGGACGAGGAAGACGAGGACGAGGAAGGCAGCGUGUUUCAUGAGUUUCGAGCGUGGCAUUCCAGCCGGAGGAGCUUCUUCUCCGACCGGGCCUCCUCUGGAGUGGCGUCUUUCGAUGAAGAGGAGGAGAGGGAUGAAGUAGAGGAGAAGAAAGAGUAUUUGGUGUGAUGUGUUGUGCCAUCUUUAUGUCUCUUUGAGUCUGUGUUGAUUCUGGAUAUGACAUAAUCUGUUCUGCUUUCACUGUAAACUUCUCUCCACCUCCUCCUCCUUCCCCCUCUUGUCUCCUCUCCACUCGCUGCCUUCCGUCUCUCAUCCUCCAGGCCUUUCAUGUACUGAUUUCCACCGUUUAUCACUGCUGUAAACAGUAUAAUACAGUGUAUUGGAGAGUUCAGCCAGAAUGUAAAGCUGUUGUUCAAACUGAGUUUUGUACAUUUAUUGUGAAGAGUCAUGUGGUGCAUUGGUUUUCUAUGGAUAUUUUGUAGUGUAGUUUUUUUCUGGGUCAUGCUGUGUCACGUGAGUUCGGGCAAUGUUUGAUAC